UUGUCGUCGUUGGGGAAAACCGCGAACAAAACGACGAAUCCCUUCUCCGACACACCCACGCAGGCAGCCUUCGCCGCUCCUCUUUCUCUUCUUUUUAUUGCCUCUCUCUCUCUGUCUCUCUGUGUCUCGUCGACUCCUUUGACUCCUCUUCCUUUAUUUGAUCCAUUCACUUCGUUCGGCGUCUAUUCUCCUUGCCCCAAAAUCGAUAGAGAAAAAGGGAGGGAGAUGGGGGUGGAGAGGAAUCACGGUGGGUGCAUGGCUGUCAGGUCGCUUCCUCCGCCCUCCAUCCCCAAGUGUUCUCACUCUGCUUCCGCCGCUAAUGCCGUUUAUCCCCUCCCAAAUCACUGGACUUCGUUCCUUCCACUGUAUGGCUAAUGAUAUGAUCACGGUACUAUAAUGUGGGUCCUCACAUGUUGCCUUCUGCAAGUCCUGGUGUCCUUGCAAAAUUUUCAGACUCUACCAUAGCCAACAAAUCGAUUACCGAUGAUCAGACAUGUGGUUCACCAAGAUGGAUUGAAAAAGGUCUUUCCUGUGUUUGUAUGAAGCGAAAAGGAACUUAUGAGCGCAUUUGCAUCAAUCUCACCCCUUUACAGGAAGAAAGGCUACAAAGGCUGAAGCAUCGUAUGAAUGUUUAUUUUGAUGCGUCGAGACGAGAACAUCAGGAAGCUCUGAGAGCUCUAUGGUAUGCAACAUAUCCCAAUAAAGAACUAAGUGGUUUAAUAUCUGACCAGUGGAAGGAAAUGGGCUGGCAGGGCAGGGACCCAUCGACUGACUUUAGGGGUGCUGGAUUUAUAUCUUUGGAGAACCUGCUGUUCUUUGCAAAAACAUUCUCUAAUUCCUUCCAGAGGUUGCUAAAUAAACAAUGUGGGAAGCGGGCCACAUGGGAAUACCCAUUUGCAGUUGCUGGUGUGAAUAUCACUUUCAUGAUUAUGCAAAUGUUAGAUCUGCAGUCCACAAAAGCAAGGACAUUUGUCAGAGCUGUUUUCAUCCAAAUGCUGUCAGAGGAUGAAUGGGCAUUCGACUUGCUUUACUGUGUAGCUUUCAUGGUCAUGGACAAGCAAUGGCUAGAGAGAAAUGCUUCUUACAUGGAAUUUAAUGAAGUUCUGAAGUCGACUCGUGCGCAGCUGGAGAGGGAGCUUCUGAUGGAUGAUGUAAUGAGGAUAGAAGACAUGCCAUCAUAUAGCCUUCUUUUAUGACUGCUUGUUAAAGACUAAGAUUUCUUGAAGUGUAAAGUUGGCUUCGUUUCUUUUAUCCACUUUCUUCACUGUUGCAAAAUAUUUCUUUUUCUCAACAACUCAAGUGAAGAAGAAUUUUUUACAUUUCAAGAAAUCAACUACUCUGGCAAAUUUUUAGUUGACAA